AUGACGAGAGGUCGUGGGGUUCUUCUUGCAGCCGCCGUCGCCACAACAGCAACGUGGCCUUCGUCGACCCCUGGCCGUAGCACCAGCAGUGCCUGGGGAUUCCUUGCAGCUGCCCCGCGAUCCGCCAACUGCCUUGAUGCGAACAAGAGCACCAGCAGCACCAGCAGCCGAGCCAGGCUGCUGCUGUUACCCAGUAGAGCGACAGGUGGAGAUGGUGGAGACGGUGGCUUGGGAGGGAUAGGCCUUGAUGCCGAGAGCGUGGCGCGAGCUCGCGAGGCGGCAAAGAAGGAUGACUACGACUGGUUCAUGGAAUUCAUCGGGGUCGACGAGGAAGAGGAGGGCGAUGGCAGUACAAGUGGCGGUGAGGACAACAGCAGAGGGAAAGCAAGUGGCCGCUCUAGUAGCACCAACGGCGGCAGCGGCACACGACGAGCUGCAACCAGUACCAGCCGGCGGUACAGCAGUACCGGCGGUGGAUAUGACAAUGGUUUCGUUGAUGAUAUCGCUGGUGGCCCUCCCCCCCGCCGGGGUCGCCCCCCCCCACCAGGACGAGGUUUCCAACCCCUCUCAGGCGGCGUUGGCACAACUGGGGAGAUGAGGCGAGAAAGACGACCUUCACCUGCGGACACUGCCUACGACUACGAUUUGGACGAAGAGUACGACCAGGAACCAGGGAGGGGGGGAUGGGACUACGACCCCGGACUUUCGGCGGGGAUUGGCGCACGCCGGCGAGAUGUGCAAGUCGACAAGGUCCGCGCUAAGGCCAAGUCUGCGUCGAUGAGGAGGCCGCUAGAGGACGACCAACAAUCGAUGGAGGCAGAGCAGGAGAUCCGGCAGGAGUUUGCCGGAAGAGCGGCUGAAUUUGAACCCGUUGGCUCUAAAAAGGCGAAGGCGUUAACCGAAGACCUUGGCUACACGGAGGCUGAGGUGGCCUGCAUCGACCCGGACAUGGCCGACCUAGCCAUCGAGCGCGCCAUCCGCAGGCCGGCCUCCGGCAUGCCGCGGGACUGGGUUGCCGUCGGUAUGCCACCACCGCCGCCCCCACUCCCCUCCUCGACCGCCCCAGCUCCCUCCUCUUCUCAAACUUACUUCGGCGGAGGCGCUACCACUGCCGCUGAGGAUGUCGGCAGGACCAGCAGGGGAAGCAGUGACCGCGGUGGUGUCGUCGACGAUGGUUCACUCGAUCUCGACGCGAUCCUGGGCGAUGGGUAUGACUACAACGGGGGCGGCGGGAGGAGACGGAAGGGAACACGCCGCAACCGUUCCCGCACCACCGCGGGCGAUUGGAGAGACGAAGAAAGGAGGAGAGGGGGCAACUACUAUAAUGAUGAUGAGGGGGCUCCGCAAAUGGGAAGGCGGGGUAUGGACGAUCGGGAGGAGGAUUUCGUCCUCCGCGGCCGGGACGAAGGUAGAGGGAGGGGGCGCCGCGAAAUGGACGGCGGUGUGGGUGGUCCUAGGGGGCAGAGCAGGAGACCGCGGAGGAAGAAAAAAAACAUAAGCCCAGCGGAGCGGUACGAGAGGCAGAUUUUUGGAGAACUGGGGGGUGAGGAUGGCAAGGGUGCUGGUAACAGGCGGCCCCUCUGGGAUGAAAACGAUGAAGAAGAUGGAGGGAAGCUUUGGACGGGGGUUGGCCCUGACGGACCUUGGCCGACGAUGGAGGAGUUCACGAAGCUACUGCGGGAGGAGACGGAGGUGCGGUUGAGCCUAGUUGGACCAUGGGCGGCAGAAGUGGUGGCUUUGGAGAACCGAUUCCGGCUACAGGCUUACGAGAAAUGGUUGGAAGUCCUGGACAAGGGGAUAGGCGAGACACUGGAGGAGGCGGGGGUCUUCGACGCCGCUUUCACCGACGACGAUGACUACGAUGACGACGGCAAUAUCGACGGUCGUAACAGAGCAGCCCGUCGUCGCUCCGGCACGAACAAUCUGUACGACGAUUACACCAGCUACGGCUACGGGCAAGACGAGGAUGUGCUCGGUGGCGGUAGAAGUGGGUACGACGUUGAGGGUCAGCGAGACGAGCGGGGGUUCGACUACGAUGACAGGUUGAAGGGAGGAGAAGGUAACCGAAGGCAGCGUCAGCGCCGGCAAAGGGGGUGGGACGAGGACACGGAGCCCAGCAGGCGAAAGUUCGACGUGGGAACCUUCUUGCGGAGCGGGGCGCAAAACAUCAUGCAGCCGGGAGCGGGCAUGGAGGAGAAGGCAGCACAAUUCGAAAGAAGAUACCCCGGCCGAACAGGAUCGUACUACGACGAUGGUGACGACAACGCUGCUUCUGCCGGUAGCCCAGGCGGAAGAAAUACCGGCCACGAUUCAUUCGGCCGGCGAGGACGGGCACGUCGAGAGGGAGACUACGACUACGAUGAUGACGUUCGGGGGCGAAGGCGUGGGAGGGGAGGGGACAGAGGGGGGUCGUCCCCAGGUUACGUGGACGAAGAAGAUUACGACUACUGAACCGCCAUUGUUGCGGACCAGUUCUUCGCUGGGUUGCGGGGUGAUCGGGUGUUUUUCUAGAUUGGGUGUUUUUCUAGAUUGUAAGCUUGUGAAGUGCUCCCCGCUACAAUUGUAUCCGCCGGAUGAGGACAGUUGGGUUUCAGCCGAAGUGCCCUCCCCUUGUGGUUUCGUUGGCGGUUCAUGAAAAAUAUCGUGGCCCGGACAUGAUUCCGUAUGAAUCCAACAUCCCUCGUGCGGUAAAACGUCUAGACUGCGAUGGUAUCCCUUUCGGAGUUUUGAAGAAUCCAUCGUUUUUGGUUGCUGCGGACGGGCUGCUUGGAGGGCAGUCUGUUCGGCGAGAUGCAUGCACGAACGAUGGCGAGCUGCAUCUCGAAGGUCGUGCGCACUCCAGGCUGCGGCGCCUCUUGUACACCCUACAAGCUUCAAUUUUCUGUGUUCGUAUCUCCGCUGAUGGGGCAAGUGCGAGGAAACUGCUGUGUGGUUUGAAUGCAUACAUUCCACCGGUAUUGUUGUCCAGAGCAUGAACUGCAUUUGAGCUCCCAGGAUGAGUUAUUUUUGGCGUACUGCUGUAGGACAACAGACCAGUUAGUACUUCUUGCACGGGCGCCGGGAGCACACUCAUUCCGUUCUGUCGCUUGCAGUGGGAAUCAGCAUUGUGGAAAGUUGUUGCCUCAGCCACGGGGAGUACCAGCGGGUCACGUGUUGUUACUGAUUGGGUCUGCGUUGUUUCGAUGAUUCUUCGGAUGCAUGCCGAAAGCACGGCGAGUGUUAGCUAGGCGAUGGUUUGGCUCAUCUUUAGUGUCCUUGGCGUUGGUUCCUUCUCCACCUACGAUGUAUCCUCCAACCUCGGUCUAGUGGGGAUGGAAGGAUCGUAUCUUUUGGUUCGCUUGUCUUCGCAUGUUUUGUUUGAUUUUGCGGGAGCGGCGAGGCCUAUUUUUUUCUGCAUCUUCGCUGGAUGUUGCCAGUGAUGUCUUGGUCUGGCUGUUGUUUUGUGUUUGGUUUUUGUACGGCGUUUGUGAUGUUUUUGCGUGUCCUUUUCGCCUUCGAUAUUUCGAAGUAUGUACCAUUUUGGGCAUGAUUGGCCUGUGACCACGAAAGGCGUCCGCG